AUGUCAAAAUAUCUCGGGUGGCUCGAUUAUCUCCUUGUGGCGGUACUCUUCCUGUUAUAUACAUGUGUUGGAAUAUACUAUUGGUUCAGACCGUCAAUCCUCAAGUGUUGGCGUCGGAUCCAAAAUCGUAAUACUGAAAAUUUCGAUGAGGAUUCUUCUGUUGGUGCAGAAGAGAUCUUUUUGGGAAAUCGUAAAAUGGGUCUUCUUCCUAUCCUUUGUAGCACUUUAGCAAGUUUUCUUUCGGCUGUUGCUCUUAUGGGCAAUAAUUCUGAGUUUUAUCGUUUUGGUACUGAAUUCUGGUGCAUUGUAUUUGGCUAUUGUAUUGCAUUUCCACUUUCCGCUGAAAUCUAUGCACCAGUCUUCUAUAAGUUGCAACUCAUUAGUGGUCACGAGUAUUUAGAGUUGAGAUUCACUCGUUCACUUCGAUGGUUUGUUACAAUGGCUUUUUGUUUGCAAAUGAUUAUCUACAUAGCUGUUGUUCUGUACGCACCUGCUUUGGCCAUUAGCCGCGUUACGGGGCUACCUGAAUCUGCUUCGAUUCUUACAGCAGGUAUGAUUGGCACAAUUUACACUGUUCUGGGAGGACUUAAGGCGGUAGUAUGGACAGAUCUUCUACAGACGAUCGUGAUGUUUAUUGGCCUCGUCCUUAUCAUGACAUUUGGUUGCUAUGAGGUAGGUGGAAUCGAACGCGUCUGGGAUUUGGCUAGCAAAGGCCAAAGGCUUAAUACUUUUGAUUUUAAUCCAGACCCUUUUGUACGCCAUUCAAUAUGGACUCUGGCUAUCGGUGGGGCCGGAAUGGUGCUCAGCAUAUAUGCCACAAAUCAAACUCAGAUUCAGCGUUAUCUUGCCUGCAAAGACCUCAAAACUGCUCGAAGAGCUAUUCAUCUUCAGCUUCCAAUAAACGUUGUAUUACUAUCUGUUCAACUAGUCAUUGGGUUAGUGACCUACGCUGUAUUUGCGAAUUGCGAUCCUGUGUUAAGUGGAGAUAUAACUGAUUAUGAUCAGCUAUUCCCCCAUCUUAUCAUGCAUCUUUUUGAAAAUAUUCCUGCUCUCAGAGGCCUUUUUCUAUCGACUAUAUUUGCUGCCGCAUUGAGCACACUCUCUUCUGGCGUUAAUGGAAUCGCCUGUGUUUUGAUGGAAGAUGUGUUCAUGGACAUCUAUCUCACAUAUCACAAAGGUUCUGGACUCAAGCAGAAAACAGUCACUCUCAUAGCUCGCCUAAUAGCCCUUGUGCUUGGUCUUUUGAUAAUUGGACUGGCCUUUCUUCUACAAGUGGUCCCUACCGGCAUCCUUCAGAUGGCCUUCUCCAUUUUCGGUGCUAUUGGCGGACCCAUUUUAACAGUCUUCACUAUCGGCAUGAUCUGUCCCUUUGUCAACAAGUGGGGCGGACUUGCUGGAUUUCUGACUAGUUUAGCCGUAGGUCUGACAUUGAUGGUCGGCUCUAUUUACUUAUACACCUUCAAGGAGCCCAAUCCACCUCCUCUCUCUGUGUCGGGCUGCACGAAUGUUUCAACUGCUCCUACUUCCACGGCUUCAUCGUCCCUUCAGGAUUAUCCAUUCUCCUUCUUCAACCUCUCCUAUCUCUACAUCACCCCAGCCUGUCUGUUUACUGGAUUUGUUUUCUCCACAAUUGUCUCUUUUUUCACAGGAAUGAACACGAAAACACCUGUUAGUCAGUCAUUGCUGGCCUGGCAAGCGGUAUGGCUUUAUUCAAAGUUGCCCUCUUGUAUACCUCCCCAAUCCUCAGCAAAGGUGGGUGGAUCGCCCCACGUCAGAAAGAUGAAGGCAAUAGUGGGACUUGGAGAUGAUGAGAUUUCCGAAUUUGAUGAAAAGGACGCUGACAAGAUGGAUUUCGAUAGAGAUGAGAAUGGGGAAGGUUCUGUUCGGGAACUGAGGCUUUAA